CGCCUCGAUCGACUGCCGUCGCCAGCGACCGAGCCUGUGCCGACACCGCACUCUCUCUCGCCACAUCUGCAUCUGCAUCCGGAUCUGCGUUUGCAUCACCUGCAGCCAACUCGACUCUCCACCAAGCACAGCGCCGCACCGCCAUGGCCAGCCGAAAGCCCGUCCCGAACCUGUACAUGUUCCGCAACAUGAUCACCUCCAAAGUGCUGGUGAGCCCAAAGUUCCAGUUGGAACCGACGCUCCUCCGACAAAUCGGCGAGCACCGCCCAUCGGCAAAGAUCCGGGCCGAUCACUGGGUCCCGUUUGCGGUACUGACAGGCCUGCGAGCGCACACGUCCGCCGAGUUCCUGGCGGAUCGUAUCGUCGCCGAUAGUCUCUUCAAGAAUCCGUUGUCGAAACCGACUCUGCCGCUCCGGGGAUCGGAACAGUACCAGCCCUGGACGAUCCCAGAGGCCGUCCGCCAGCGAACCAUCGAGCUGUGCAAGUUGCUGAACUCGGAGGAAUUCCAGUCCCAGGAAAACUUGAGCGAUGCCUUGACCGAGACGGACGAGAGCGCACAAGAGUUCCCCCGGUCGCUUGAGCUGCACUGGGAGCGCGACGAGUACCAGCACGUCGUCAGCGAUGCGGACGUGGAGCAGGACCAGGACCAAGUGCUGAUGUGGCCCAUGUUCGUGGACCACAGAAAGCUGAAGCUCUUGCGGAACCGAUAUCCGGUUGUCGAUGGACUAGAUCUGAAGGGCUUCCGUCUGAUGCCGACCAAGCAGGAGGCCGAGCUCUAGACUGCUAUAUGCUCGCUACGCUCUGCGACAAUGGGCUGCAUCGCAUUGACCACGGAGUGUGUAUCGAUCUGGUUGACUGGCGAUGCAGAGUGGCCCUCUGGCAGAUCAACAACACGAUGCUCCAUUUCUCACGAUGAU